CACCGUUUCUGCUUCAAGAUCUGAGAGGAAGCCAAAAUAUUAGAGCUUUUCAUUGUGAACUGGUCCAGAUCAUGUCUUUUGCUAGGCGUUUUUUCCUCCUUCUCCUAGUGGUGGUGGUGGGCCAAGCUGUAGAGCAGGACGUUUCUGGAAAGGAUUCUGUCUGUGGACACCCGGGAAUACCAGGGAACCCUGGACACAACGGGAUACCUGGGCGUGAUGGCCGAGAUGGAGCCAAGGGGGAUAAAGGAGAUGCAGCUGUACUUGGGACAUGUGGAGCUCUGGGGAAGGAUGGACCCAAAGGAGACAAAGGAGAACCUGGUGCAUCAGGUGUAGAUGGGCUUAAAGGACGACGUGGAGAAAAUGGAGAAAGGGGACCACCUGGAAAAAUGGGACCCCAAGGCUUCCCUGGACCGCUUGGUCUUAAAGGGUUAAAGGGAGAGAUAGGAAUGCAAGGACCCAAGGGUAUCAAAGGAGAUGUAGGACCAGUGGGACCUGUAGGGCCUCAGGGAAUCAUUGGGUACCAGGGAGAGAAAGGUUCUCCAGGCCCUAUUGGACCUCUAGGAAGACAAGGCCCGAAGGGUGAACUCGGACCUCCUGGUCACAAGGGCAGCCUCGGUUACCGUGGUGAAAAGGGGCCAAAAGGUGAGACUGGAGAAAAGGGACCUAAAGGAGACAUGCCUGAAAUACCCAAAAGUGCCUUUUCUGUUGGCCUGACAGCACAAAGCAAGCUGCCUGCAAGUAACGUUCCUAUCCGGUUUGACAAAAUCAUCUACAACCGACAGAAUCACUACAACACAGAGAGUGGUCGCUUCACCUGCGCCAUUACUGGAGCUUAUCAUUUCACCUACCACAUCACAGUGUUCUCCCGAAACGUCCGAGUGGCACUAAUGAAGAACGGCCAAAGUGUCAUCCACACCAUGGACAACUACCAGAAUAGUGAGGACCAGGCGGCCGGGGGCACAGUGCUCCACCUGGAGGUCGGGGACAAGGUGUGGCUUCAGGUGGCUGGAGGUCAGCUCUUUAAUGGACUCUACGCAGACGACGAUGAUGACACAACUUUCUCUGGGUUCCUUCUCUUCGCUGAAUGACAAACUAAAUAUCUGGAACUGAAGAAAUAUGUGUAAAAUUAUUCAUUAAUAUGGAACUGGACUUUAUCUUCUGCUUUAUCUUACAAAAGUCAGGUUAAUAGCUCAUAGGUGAAGAACUUAAUCACA